AUGCAGACCUGGGGUUGGAGAGGAGGAAGCCGAAGGCUGGGCAGUUUUCACAUGGCAGGUGGCCACUGGGAGAAGUCUCUGCGGCUGCUCGAAGAUGCAAGGAGCUUGCAGAUGAGACCGGAUGGCAUCGCCUACAGUGCUGCCAUCGGUGCGUGCCAGGUUGGGAUACAAUGGGCCCAGGCUGUGUGGCUCUUGAAGAAGAUGCAGGAAGACGGAAUAGUUCCAGACGAGAACACGAUGAUCUCUGCCAUCCUGUCGUGCCGCGAGUGCGAGCAGCUCCAGGCCGCUGAAGAGCUUCAGCGCCAGCUUGACGACUUCAGGAGGUCGGAACGACGACCAGGAGCUCGGGAUGGAGCGAAAAAGGGCGCUUACACCUGCCCGGGCUUAGCGAUGGAACUUGCCAGGACAGGUGUGGGCCUUUGCACUGGAUCAUGGCUCAAAGCUGUGGAGGCUGUAGGAGAUGACGUGAAGACGUAUGCUGACACGAACAGGUCAUCCAGGAACUUACAGUGGCAGCAGUCCCUACAUGCUGUGGCGGUAGUUUCGUUCGGUUCCACCCCGGCAGUGUGGACGUCCUUGCUGAGUUCCUGUGCUCGGCAGGCUUCCUGGCAAGCCGCCCUCAUGCUGCUCAACCAGCAUCCAGGAAUUCAGUCCAGCCAGAUCUUCUUCAACGUGGCUGCCUCUGCGUGUGGUGGGGAGGCUUGGACUUGCAGCCUCUCGGUAAUACGGGACAUGCGAGUCCGACGCUUCGAGGCGGAUCAUUUUAGCUACGGAGCUUCCAUAGCGGCCUGCACCCCUGUCUGGAACACGGCCCUAGCAGCAUUGAAGACCGCGGAGAUUCAAGGAGUCGAGACAAAUGUCAUCAUGGCCGGAGCUGCCAUUGCCGGGCACGAGAUGCCUUGGAGUUGCGGGCUAGAGCUACUGAGUUGCCAGCAGCGGAACUUGCAGCGCACCAACGCCAUCAGCUUCAACGCAGCUGCCUCGAGCUGUGAACGUUCCAGCGACUGGGAAGCUGCCCUGAGCUUGGUCUCCCGGGCUGGCAUGCCAGAUGAAACCUCCUGGGGCAUCCUCUUAUCUGUUCUGGCGCGCAGCAACCGCUGGCAGGAAGCUCUUCAGUGCCUGCGGAGCAUUCGGCUGCAGGCUCUGCGGGCCAACUCAAUCCACGCCACCUCGGCACUGGCGGCCACGGUGUCCUGCAAGGACGGCUGGAAGCAUGCCCUGUCACUCCUGCACCAGGUGUCAAUGCUCGGAUUGCAACAAAACAGCUUCAUUCUGUCAGCUGCCGUCAGUGCUUGUGACAGCCAUGCACGGUGGGAACAGGCUGCCUGCGUGCUUCGUACAGCCGUACAAGAAGGACUGCAUGUGAACCCCGUUGUCUACAACUCUGUUGUUUCGGCGUGCGCUUCUGGAAUCCAGUGGAGCGGUGCCCUUCAUGUUCUGAAUUCCGUGCAGCAAGCAGCGUCCUUGCAAGCUGCCUUGCAAGCUGGUAGCAACGCGGCUGUCGAAGCUUUGGGCCGCAGCCUGUUGUGGCCCAGAGCGCUUCGAUGCUUGCGAUGCCUGCGCCUGGCCAGGCAAGAAGCGAACAUUGUUGGGCAAAGCUCUGCAAUCACAGGCUGUGCUCGUGCCGCAGCUUGGGCUUGUGGUUUGCUGCUCUGGCAAGCUAUGCAAGCUGCAUCGGCUGCUAGAUUCUCCGAUACAUCUCCAACACUCAAUGCCGUGGUCACUGCUGCCAGCCAAGGGGUUUGGCAGCUGGCUGUUUCCUUCCUGCAAUCGCCUGGAGAUGUGCGAGAGCCGCUGGCAGAUGCCCCUACCUACGGUGCUGCCCUGCGUGCUUGCGUUGGAGACGCUGGUGCUGGCGACGUUGCGCUCUCCCUCUUUGAAAGAAUGCGAGUGCAGCAAGUUGAUCCAGACGAAGCAGCUUGGUCAGCUGUGAUCGCGGCCGCGCGCGACGACCUUCAGGCGCUUGCUGGCCUGACGGUCGACCUGCGGCGAGCCACUCUCGGCAGGAUGCGGGAACUGUAA